AUGAACCCUCAUACUAAGUGCUUCAGUUUUAUUCUUGUUUUUGCAUUUUUUCAGUGUAUCGUAAACGGGAAGAAAAAAAUAUUAAUAAAAAAGUUUGAAAUGUGUGACCCGAAUUACGACUACCCCAUUGCUCUCGAAGGAAAUUUCAAGGAACGAAAUGGUCAUCAAUUCUUGAAUAUUACAUGCAUUGUCAACACACCUCUCGGGAUGAACCAAUCAAUGAAUGCAACAUUUGAAUAUUCCGAGAACGAAGAAAGUUUUACGCCUUUAUUUAAAUUCUCAAGAUCUGAUCUUUGUGAUUACUUUAACAAAGAUUUAGGAAAGUUCUGGUUUGAACUGCAACAACAAAUUGCUCUUGCUCCUCGUACUUGUCCCAUAGGAAAUGGUCGAUACAAUUUGAAGAACUACGAACUUCCUUUGUCCAAACUGAAUUUUCCCUUGCCCACUGGAUUUAUUCGUUCGAUUUUAAACGUCAUUGAAAAUGAAACUAAUAAAGUGAUAUUAUGCGUUUCUGUUUUGUUAGAAGUAAUAAACUUGAAUACAAUUUAG